AUAGAGUGAUCCGCCCGCCAGACACACCCGGUCGGAACCGGUCGUUGUCUUCUUUUUUCAAAUUGGUUUUUGUUCUCUGUAAUUGAUAAAAAAAAAUUUAAUUCUUCCCUCUGAUUCAUCAAAAUUGCAAAGCCAAUCUUUACAUCUGCACUCCUCGUGUGUCAACACUCUCUUGUGAACAACGACAACAACUUCUCUGCUCCUUUCCAUUUCUAUUUGUGAUCAGGUUUUGCCUCAAAGUGCAGCAGACUAGUUCAACUUUGAGGCAAAGUAAAGAAAAAGACGGAGCUUUUGGUUUUAUUUUAGCAAUGGAUACCAAUCUGGUGGAGAUGUUUAGGGCCGGUUUAAAAUGGUUUACAAUGCUUCUGGAUGCUCCUUCAGCUAGAAUUGUCUUGUUCGGUGUCCGAAUCCAAGGGCACAUAUUUGUGGAAGUUUUGUUGGGUUUUGUGAUAGUCUUCCUCCUCUCUCAAAAGAGUUACAAACCUCCCCAGCGACCUUUAACUGAACAGGAAAUAGAUGAGCUAUGUGAUGAAUGGGUUCCUGAACCUCUUAUACCGCCUAUUACACAAGACAUGAGGCAUGAGCCACCAGUUCUUGAAAGUGCUGCUGGACCGCAUACAACGGUCGAUGGAAAAGACGUGGUGAAUUUUGCGUCAGCUAACUAUCUUGGACUCAUUGGACACGUGAAGUUGCUGGAAUCAUGCACUUCUGCGUUGGAGAAAUACGGUGUUGGUUCUUGUGGCCCUCGUGGAUUCUAUGGCACAAUUGAUGUCCACAUUGAUUGCGAGACAAGAAUAUCUAAAUUCUUGGGCACUCCUGACACAAUCCUCUAUUCUUAUGGACUUUCCACCAUGUUCAGCACUAUCCCUUGUUUCUGUAAAAGAGGUGAUAUCAUUGUCGCCGACGAGGGUGUUCACUGGGGGAUACAAAAUGGACUUCAGCUUUCUAGAAGUACGAUCAUCUACUUCAAGCACAAUGACAUGGAAUCUCUUCGUAGUACUUUGGAGAAGAUCAUGACAAAGAACAAGCGCUCAAAGAACUUGAGGCGUUACAUUGUAGCUGAAGCUGUAUAUCAGAACUCAGGCCAAAUCGCACCUCUUGAUGAGAUAGUGAAACUAAAAGAGAAGUAUCGUUUUCGUGUUAUAUUGGAUGAAAGCAACUCUUUGGGUGUGCUUGGCCGUUCCGGGAGAGGUCUUGCAGAGCAUCACGGUGUCCCUAUUGAGAAGAUAGAUGUUGUGACUGCAGCAAUGGGCCACGCAUUAGCCACAGAGGGUGGGUUCUGCACCGGGAAUGCCCGCAUCAUCGAUUACCAGAGACUUAGCAGUUCAGGAUAUGUGUUCUCUGCUUCUUUGCCACCGUAUCUCGCGAGUGCUGCCAUCACAGCCAUUGAUGUCAUUGAUCAAAACCCUGAGUUGUUAGUCAAGAUGAAGCAGAACAUUGCUCUGUUAUGGAAAGGAUUGAAAGAUAUCAAGGGGAUGUCUCUAGCAAGCGACCCGGAGUCACCUAUAGUCUUCUUGAAACUAGAGAAGUCUAGUGGUUCAACUAAAGAAGACUUGCUUCUCCUCGAGAAAAUGGCUGAUCGUGCUCUGAAGGAAGAGUCCUUGUUGGUUGUGAGCUCUAAGAAGUCCUUUCUUGAUAAAUGCCGGUUACCUGUAGGGAUCAAACUAUUCGUCUCAGCGGGACAUUCAGAUUCUGAUCUUAUUAAAGCAUCAGAGUCCCUGAAGAGACUCGCUUCAGAGCUUCUACUCUAACUCCUAAUCCUUUUCUUUUUUUUUGUUCAUUACAUCUUAUGUUUUUUUUACAACCUUUUGUCCUACUUUAUAUUCUUGAUCAUGAUCAUGUAGCUUAGAGUUUAUUUAUAAUUUUAUCAAUAAUUUUUAGCUCUA